AUGGCACUCUUUGGACAUUUAGCCACCUUCUUCACAUUUGCUGCACUUGUGCUCCAAGUCUUUUCCAUGAUAGGUACAACCUACAACCAACCCUUCUUGAAGGAUCUGUAUUUCGUCAAAGUAUACACUGGCAGUGAGUUUGUCAUUGCUGGCCUAUGGAGUUAUUGUACUGGUUCGAAUAGCGGCGGCGUCUCCAUGUGUAGUAAGCCUGUUCCUGCAUUCAACUGGAGCAAUGCGGGUGGUGUUGGAAGUUACCUGGAUGGCAUCAGCAACUUGGAUCGUGUAUUCUUGGCCAACUUCAUCUUAUAUUGGAUUGCAUUAGGCUUCACCUUUUUGGCAUUGAUCAUUACUAUCAUGAGCCACUAUAGACGUGGUCCUGAUUUCUUGGCCUCCCUCAUGACCUUCAUGGCGUUUGUCGUUCAAAUGGUAGUAUUCAUCAUCAUCCUUGUUGUCUGUAUUCGCGGUGUCAAUGCUGCAAAGGGCGAAAGUGCAUCUGUCUCUGGUAAUUUGGGUCCUUCCAUGUGGAUGACUUUGGGUGCAUUCGUUGCCUUGCUUUUCUCUUCUAUCGGCUAUUGCUUUGCUUGCAUCUGUGGCCCCGGUAGAGUUAGAUCUCACGAAAAGGUCUAA